UGAUGUUUAAAAUUCUCACAAUUUCUUUAAAAAAAAAGUUAAUAAAAUUUAUUGUACUUUUGGUGUACAUUUUUUUUUCAAAUUACAUAUUUACCCAUUUGAGAUGUCGACAAAAUUGCAAGGUCCAAAACCAACAGCAAGCUUACGUCAGACAACAGCCACAAAAAAAGUAGUACCAAAAAGCCAAAAUACGCACAUAAUCCGAGCAACAGCAAGCUUUGGUGCGUCCACCAGCCGCUCCAUCAACUCAACAUCCAGCAGCAUCAGUUCGUGCAGCAGCCGAUCCAGCAAGAAUAACAACAGUAAAUUAAGUAAAAGUUGUACCAACACUAACAGUGCAAUCAUCAAGAAUGUCUGCGCUAAUAAACGCUUCAAUACGCAUGUCGCCAACAGUCGCGCUUCGCCGUUUCGUUCCUUAAUAACAACGGGUCCACGCGUACGUCAAUCACCGGUACAAGCCAAUGAUUUUGCCUACGAUCUAUCCAAGGAGGAGUCGCAAUUUAUGGGUGCCUUUAAGGGUCCCAUGAAGACGGUGCCUGACAGCGAGCGUGAAUUGUUGAAGAACGGGCAACGUGGUGCCUACUUAGCGGUACGUUAUGAGCACUCACCCGAUCGCAAAUACAACUAUCCGCAGGCGACUAGUUGGCGUAUCGGGUGGUUGCACAACCAAAUGAAGAGGCAGGAUCUAACUAUCUGAGCAAGAGCGGUGUGGGAGGCGGACGAUUUUAAAUAUGAAUGGCGAUCAGUCCCAGUAGUUUUGGUUGCCACUAGUAUUUACAAGCGUUUGACGAGAUGCUUAUUGAAACUCUGUUAUGUAUGUAUGUUUGCGUGUAUUGUUAGGUGUCUGUGUGGUGUUUUUGUGAAAAGCCAGCAUUAGCUUGAGUUUAUGCGUGUAAAAUGUUGAUAUUUGUUGAAAAUAAAGAAAUAUUAAAUUGA